CGUUUACCUGCCUCUCCAGUUUUGUAGCGACCGCGAAUUUGUGCAGCAACGUUGCGCGGACAUUUCGAAUUGUGUCGGAUUGGUGAGAUUUUAUGUGAUCUGAGACGCGUUCGUGGAUUUGCUCAGUAUAUAGAAGAAUUAAUUAUGAAAUGAUUUGUUGCAAGUUUUUGAAAGUGAAGUAUAAGCAUUAAAUUUGAAGUGUAAAGAAAACUAAAAAUCGCGCAGUAAUUCUAGAUUUUUUAAUACGAAAAGCUUCUCAAAGAUUUGGCUUUAGAAACGUGCCGGCUUUUCUGAUAAUAUUAUUAACAAUCGUAUGGCGAUUGUCGUGCCACAAAAAGGUGCACAAAAUUCAGCUCAAAGUGCAACAAAGUGUAAACAAAAACAAAAUGUGUGAACGUUAUACGCGUAUUGCAUUUCGCUUUGCCACUCACAACUUACACAAAUAAAAAGUAAUGCUUAUAAAAAAAGGGGAAAAAAUUAGAUAAAAUCAAUUGCAAAAUUAGCAAUUUUUUGAAAGUUAAAAAAAUUUUGUGGAAAGGAAUUGUGUCUGCUUGAAGUGUAAGUCGUCUAGCAGUGUUGCAGCGUUGUUGAGCAGCGUGCCAACUGGUGUACAUAAAUACAUACAAGUUCAUAUGCGAGUAUGCAAUGCAAAUAUCGUGCAACAAAUACGAUUGAGAAAAAAGCUAAGCAAAACAAAAAACCAAAAAUAUUAGCUCCCACAAACCACAAAUUUAAGCAAUUGGCGUGGAUUUUCGUCGUCGCAACACAUAAAAACAACAUAAAUGAUUUUGAAAUUGCUCGACCGCUGAUAUCCGUCGUCCAUUUGGUUACUGGCUUCCUGUCACCGCCAUUAUAUCGCUGCUGACGCGAGAGUGUUAAGUGCAAAAAAGUGUUAAUUUCAAUAACAAAGCGAGAAAAAAUUUUUAGCGAAAAAAGAGAAAAAAUAAUCAAAAACCCUUUGCUCAGUGCGCAGUGCAAAAAGGUGAAAAAAAAUGCUGACGGACGACGCCAUACCCUCAUCAACAUAAAUUACUCAAGGUGCAUGUAUGUAUGCAUGUAUGUAUGUAUGUAAAAGCAUAAGUGCAAAAUAGUUGCAUACAAAUAUUAACGUGCAAGUGUUUGUCAAGUGUUCUAUGCGCCUGUAUGUAUCUAUGUAUGUGUAUUGAGUUCGAAUCAUCAUCAUCGUCAUCAUGCUCAUUGCAGCAGUGAAGAUCGCUGAGCUACAACGGACAGCAGGAAUAAAAUGAAACCAAUUGCCAGAACUUAUCGCGUUCGGUACACUAAUGGCUGCAAGUUUGCGAAUUCCACAGCGCAUAGAAACAGAACGACAACAAAAACUAACGAGAACUAAAACACAACCAACGCAAAUAAAAAAUAUAAAUCAACAAAGAAAAGCAGCGACUAAGUGUUUGCAACAAAAUCGAAUUCCAGAAGGUGCAAGCAACAUUCAAAAGCGAGCAAUAUUCCGUAGAAGGGCCAUCAGCGCGCUGCGGACAAACAACGAACAAAAAAGGAAACAACAACAACUACUAGUACUACUAGAUCAACAGCAGCGACGUGCAAAGAACUGCCGUGGGUUGGUAGUCUUCCACGUCGCAGCCACAUUAUGACGCGUUGCAGGAACACAAAAUAUUUGCCUGCAGACGUUGAGAAGAAAGAAGACGUCCGACAACGACGACGACGGCUACAACAAGCAGACAACGUCGUCGAACUGGUCACGGCCACAGACGAUGUGAAUACGAGCGCUUAUGCGCGCACUUACAGCAUGACAAAUCAGCCAAAUUGUAGCGAUAUCUUCAUUUCUGUAACUGCCACAAAUGCCGGCUCAGACACCGUCGGCACAAACACAACCAUCAUAGCCAACAGAAAUAAGCGUAUACGAAACAGGCAUUUGUACAGAGGAGUAGCGGAAGCAACAGCAACUACAGCAGCAAUACGUAUAUCAAAGUGCGCCGCCGCCGCUGCCGUCACCGUUGCCACCGCAAAAGUGUUUACAUUAGCGCCAACCCUCCACCGCAGCGCCGCCACCACUCCUGUACGCGCCGCUCAAGUCAACGCAGCGAAAGUAAGCAAAGUGCAACUAGAAGACUGUAAAAGAACGCCACAAAACGCCGCUAAUGCGCGACAGCUUGCAAAGUACGCAGCAGCGUCACCUCAACGCCGUCAACAUAAUUUAGUCUUAAGCAGUGCCGUUUGGCCACUCAUCACUUGUUGCUUCGCAUUUGCGUUGUACGCAUUGCCAUUGCCAUGUCACAGCCAGCCACAGCAGUCAUUGAGCGCCGCGUAUGGUACUAUGUUCGGUCCGAGUGUGGUCGGCGGACCCAUUGCUCAUUACAGCGUGCUCGCCUUUCCACGGCGCCGCUCGUCGGCGGGCGGCGAUAGCGCAAGCGGCCUAAUGCAGUCGCGCGCUGUCGAUACGAGCGCACAAUUUGAGGUGUUAGAAGGACAGCCGCGCGGCACAGUAGUUGGCUUUAUACCCACCAAACCCGAUUUUACAUAUCGCUUUAAUGAGCCACCUCGUGAAUUUGCGCUCGAUCAGGUUACGGGUGAGAUUAAAACAAAUGUGGUGCUGGAUCGUGAAGGUAUACGCGAUCGCUACGAUUUAGUGGUGCUCUCCUCACAGCCCACCUAUCCCAUUGAGGUGCGCAUCAUUGUGCUGGAUGUGAACGAUAAUGCGCCACAGUUUCCCGAACCGAGCAUAGCAGUAUCGUUUUCUGAGAGUGCGGCUACCGGCACGCGCCUGCUACUGGAUGCGGCCACUGAUAGCGAUAUUGGCGAGAAUAGUGUGACGGACGACUAUCACAUUGUGGAUGGUAAUAUGGAGGAUAAAUUCCGCUUGGCUGUGACAACGAAUCCAAGUGGUGAUGUCAGCUACCUUCAUUUGGAGACUACGGGUAACUUAGAUCGGGAAACGCGCGGUUUCUACCAGCUUAACAUUUCAGCGCGUGAUGGUGGUGAGCCACCGCAAUACGGAUACCUGCUGGUAAAUGUUACCAUUGUCGAUGUGAACGAUAAUCCACCGAUCUUUGAUCACUCCGAUUAUAUCGUCUCGCUGAAUGAAUCUGUGCCGCCGGGCACGCCUGUGCUUCAGGUUAUGGCAUCGGACAAUGAUCUGGGUGACAAUGCCAAAAUCACCUACUACCUAGCUGACACUGAGCAACAGUUUUCUGUUGAUCCCGAGAGCGGUAUCAUAUCCACCACCGAACUACUUAGCUGUCCACAACAGAAUUGCCAGAACUUCGCACGCCCCGGCGCUGGUUGUCCGAAGAGCUGUGUCUUUACGGUAUUCGCGCGCGAUCACGGCUCUCCGCGGCAAGACGGACGUACCUAUGUUACGGUGAACCUCCUGGACACCAAUGACCAUGACCCUGUAAUACGAUUUCAAUAUUUUCCGCCAACUGGCACAUACGCGACUGUGGAUGAGAAUGCGGUGAACGGCAGUGUUGUUGCUGCCGUUUCUGUAGUGGACAUGGAUGAGGGCCUAAAUGGCGAUACGAGCUUGCGUAUCAUAACGGGCAAUGAGUUGGGGCAUUUUCGCCUGGAGAAGACACCGUCCUUCGAUAUUGUGCGCGUUAAUGGUGUGUUGGAUCGCGAGGAAAUUGGCAAGUACAAUUUGACAGUUGUCGCCAUCGAUAAAGGUACACCAUCGCGUACGGCGACCGCGCACCUAAUUAUCCAUGUCAACGAUGUGAACGAUCAUGAACCAGUGUUCGAGAAGAGCGAGUAUUCGGCGGUGCUGAGUGAAUUGGCACCGGCAGGCACGUACGUUGCCUCCAUUACCGCCACCGACGAGGACACCGGCGUAAAUGCAUUGAUUUCAUACGAUUUCGUUUCGGGUAAUAAUAAACAAUGGUUUGUUAUUGAUACAGCGUCCGGUUUGAUAACAACGCAGGCAGCAUUGGAUCGCGAAGUGCAAGACAGCGUGGAAUUGAGCAUAUCCGCACGUGAUGGCGGCCCAAAUCCGAAGUGGGCGUACACACAACUCAAGGUGACCAUACUGGAUGAAAACGAUGAGGCACCACAAUUCUCGCAGCACCAAAUCAACGUUACACUCAGCGAGAAUACGCCGGCACAGACAUUGGUCGCCAUGCUAACGGCAGCCGAUCACGAUCAAGGCACUAACGGCUCGGUGACAUACACACUGGCGGGCAGUGUGGAGCGCAAGUAUCCGAAACAAUUUGCGCUCGACUCGCUCACUGGCCAAUUAACGACGCGCAGUGCACUUGAUCGUGAGACAAUUGCGCAUUAUGAGAUUUUUGUGAUCGCACGCGAUCAGGGUGCACCACCACAAUCGGCCACAGCUACUGUUUAUCUGAACGUUGAGGAUGUCAACGACAACAGCCCAACGUUCUAUCCGAGUCAUUAUUUUUAUGCGUUGCCUGACGAUGCGGGCGACAACAACGACAACAACGACAACAGCGACAACAACCAACCACUAUUGAAAGUCACUGCCAGUGAUCGUGAUGCGGGCGAUAAUGCCUUAAUUACCUACCAACUGGAGUCAGGUGGCGAUGGGCAUUUCGUCGUCGAUACAUGGAGUGGUGCGAUAACGUUGCGCACCGCUGCCGCCGCCGCCGCCAGCAGCGAUAUACGCCACUCACCAAAGGCAUUGUAUAAGUUGAAGAUUUCGGCAAAGGAUCGCGGCGAACGUCUAAGCGAACAAGAUGCAUUGGUUGAGAUUGUAUUGCAAUCCAAAAUGGAGUUGCUCGAGUUCGAGUCAUACGGCAGUUAUGAGUUUCAAAUUGUGGAAGAUCAUGAGCAACAACCGCCAGUGGUGGGUCGCGAGGUGGGUCGGGUGCAGGUGAAGUCACAUGCUGGCAAAUUGACACUGCCACCCAACAUCGAGUACGCGAUUGUGUAUGGCGAUGCGGAUGAGAACUUUGAGGUGGAUCGUCGCACUGGUCGCAUUCGCACGGCGCGCCGCAUUAAUCGUGAAGCGGUGGCGCAGUAUCAGCUCACUGUGAUGGCGCGCACUGGCUUGGCCUAUGGCAAAUGCAUUGUGAACAUUGCGAUCGCUGAUUUGAACGAUAAUGCGCCGAUCUUUGCACAAGAUCGUGACGGUGAGAUACAGUUGGCCGAGAACGCAGCUGUCGGUCAAGAGGUUUACUUGUCACGCGCACGUGAUCGCGAUUCAGGCAUGAAUAGCCAUGUCACCUACACGCUCACCUACAAUCCCGACGAACAGUUUCGCAUCAGCGAAGCGACUGGCGUACUGCAAUUGCAGCGUCCGCUGCGCGCAGCACCCGGUACAUUACUGCAUGUGGAGUUGAUGGCCGCUGAUGGUGGUACGCCGCCCUUGUCAACGCGACACACCAUCGACGUGCUCAUCGCCGAUGUCAACGAUCAUACACCUGUGUUCGAUCACACAUCGUACGAGACAUCGUUGCGCGAAUCGACUAAGGUGAAUGCGCGCUUCUUUGCGCUAGCUGCCAGCGAUGCGGAUCUUGGCGCAAAUGGGCGGAUAUCAUACGACAUAAUCGAGGGCAAUACAGAGCGGAAGUUCGGCGUCUUUCCCGAUGGUUAUUUGUUUGUGCGCGCGCAGUUGGAUCGGGAGGAGCGCGACUAUUACGCGCUGACGGUAGCAUGCCACGACAGCGGUAUGCCAGCGCGUUCUUCUGUGGUACCGGUAAUCAUACAUGUCAUCGACGAGAACGAUAAUGCGCCGCAAUUCACAAAUAAUACCUUCACCUUUAGCAUCGCAGAGAAUGAGCCAGCCGAUUCGUUUGUCGGCAAGCUGACGGCAACGGAUCGUGAUAUUGGACGCAACGCAGAAUUGAUUUAUACGCUGGCAUCGCAGGAGCAGGACUUCAGCAUCGACAUGCGUAAUGGUUUCAUCAAAACGCUACAUCCAUUCGAUCGCGAGGAGCUUGUGCAACGACGUAGCAGCGCCAGCGUGGGUGGACAAGCGAAUGGGCAGUCGGCUGGCGGUGUAGUGGGUGUAGGCGAUGGUAUUAACAAUGGCAAUAACUACAUACAGCUGGAGGCCAUCGUCUCAGACAAUGGAGUGCAGCGCUUGCACGACAAGGUCAAGGUGAAGAUAAUCAUUACAGAUGUCAAUGACAAUGCGCCGCAGUUUGUGCGCGCUCCCUACCGCGUGCAGAUUUCCGAAGGCGCUGGCAUUGGCACGCAAGUGAUGCGCGUCUAUUCGGUGGAUGCGGAUGAGGGACUCAAUGGCGAUGUCUACUACUCACUUGUUGCCGGCAAUGAGGAGGAACGUUUUGCCAUGGAUGAUGCAACAGGACAGCUAUCAUUGGCGCGUUUGCUUGAUCGCGAACAGCAGUCUUCAUAUAAGCUGGCAGUGGUAGCUCGUGAUGCAGCAUUGAACGGGCAGUUGAGCGCAAGUACCACCAUUACAGUGGAGGUGUUGGAUGAGAACGAUGUGGCGCCCGCAUUCGCGCAGACAGCGAGCGAAGUGUCUGUAUUGGAGACGAGCGGCAUCGGCACGGAGCUGAUGCGUUUCCGUGCAACGGACUCAGAUUUGGGCGUCAAUAGCCAGGUUACCUAUAGCAUAACGGCUGGCAACCGUAAGGAUACUUUCCACAUCGAUGCUAUAUCGGGAAGCUUGUACUUGCACAAGCCACUUGACUAUGAAGAUACUACGGUAUACAAUCUGAAUAUAACAGCUGCUGAUGGCGGUACGCCGCGUCUAGCGAACACCAUCGUCUUCACCGUAAACGUUGUGGAUGAGAAUGACAAUCCACCCAGUUUCCCAAACACAGCCAUUGUACGGCAAAUUAAGGAAGGUAUUGCCAUUAAAACACCUAUUGUUACCAUAACCGCCGAAGAUCCGGACUCAGGCUUGAAUGGCAAAGUUACCUACGCGAUUACGAAGCAAGACCCCGAGCAGCCGGGUGGCCGACACUUUGGCAUCAACAACAUGACCGGCGUCAUACAUACGCUGCGUGAAAUCGAUCGCGAAACCAUCGACACGUUCCGUCUCACAGUCGUCGCCACCGAUCAGGCAGAAAAGCCUGAACCACAACUAUCCGCUGAAAAACUUGUGACCGUCAUCGUUGAGGACAUUAACGACAAUGCACCCACAUUUGUGUCCAUGAAUGCGGCCAUAUUGCCAAUGCAGGCGGCGGCCGCCCAAAGUCAUCACUACCGUGACGGUGUGCCAGUGAUGCAUGUGCUAGCGCGUGAUGCCGAUUCGUCCAGCAAUGGACUGGUCACCUACGAAAUGGUAAGCGGCAAUAUGGAACUCUUCAAAUUGCAUCGCAAUACGGGUGCGAUAACAUUGCGCAAAGUGAUCGACCAGCCGGAGGUGCGUUAUCAGUUGGCUUUGAAGGCAACCGAUGAAGCGGUGCAGAGCGAACGUAAAAGCACCGAUGCGUACAUAACGAUUAUUACAGCGGGCACGGCGUCGGGACCCGCAUUCGAUCAGCGCGAACAAAGCGGCUCAGUGUACGAAAAUGAGCCGACCGGUACGAGUAUUUUGACUGUGAGUGCACGCUUGAAUGGCGCCGAAAUCGAGUACUACGUGACGAAUGUGACUGCAAUCGGUGUGAGUGCGAGUGCAGGUGCGGGUGUGCAGCAAGUCGACCGCCUAUUUGACAUUGACACAAAACUUGGCAUAUUGUCGACAGCAAAGGAGUUGGAUCGCGAAGCCGGACCGGACACCUACGAAGUGGAAGUGUAUGCGAUUGCAUUGGGCGGAGCGCCGCGAACAGCGAGUACAAAGGUCACCGUCAAAGUGCUGGACAAAAACGAUAGUCCGCCUGUGUUUCGUGACACUCCGCUCGUUUUUAAUGUCAGCGAAGAUUCAAGCGCCGGCCAUCAUGUUGCUACAAUACGCGCCACUGAUCCCGACACUCUGGGCUCGCUCACCUUCAGCUUGAUUGGCGGUGGUGAUGAUAAGUUUCUGCUGGAACCUGAGACGGGUCGGUUGCGCUUGAAAGAUGCACUCGAUCGUGAGUUGAAGGAUAAAUAUGUGCUGGAGUUGCGUGUAGCUGAUGGAGUGCAAAGCACCGAUACGACAGCGGAAAUUUUGGUCACCGACACCAAUGAUAAUCCGCCGAUUUUCGAUGAACCCGUUUACUCCUUUGACAUACCCGAAAACGCCCCACGUGGCUAUCAAGUUGGUAUUAUUGCCGCCACCGAUCCGGAUUUGGGCGAUAAUGCGCUCGUUUCGUACACCGUCAUUUCGGAUUGGGCCAAUGAUGUAUUUAGUUUGAAUCCGCAAACGGGCGUUUUCACUCUGACAGCACGUUUGGAUUAUGAAGAGGUACAACAUUACAUACUUGUGGUGCAAGCGCAGGAUAAUGGCCAACCCAGUCUCUCGACCACAUUGACUGUUUACUGCAAUGUAUUGGAUUUGAAUGAUAAUGCACCCAUAUUCGAUCCGAUGAGUUAUUCGAAUGAGAUAUACGAGAAUGUAUCGAUUGGUACACCGAUUGUAACGGUCACAGCAACCGACAUCGACUCAGGCGAUAACGGGCGCAUCGAGUACGCGAUUACGUCGGGCGAUGAUAAUAACGACUUUGAAAUUGCUGCCAACGGUACGAUACGUACACGCCGUGAACUUGAUCGAGAAACGAAAAGUUCAUAUAAUUUAAUUGUAACCGCAAGAGAUUGUGCCAAAGAAUUUCCAACAACAACAACAACAACAACUGCACAAGUAACACACAACGAAGGCGCCGAUCAACAGCAGCAGCAGCAGCAGCAGCAGCAUCUUCAACAUCACCACCACCAGCAGCUGCAGCGACGUCAACGCCAAUACCGACAGCAACAAUAUGUGGAGCAACAACCGCAACAACGUCUAUCAUCAACAGUGCAGGUCACCAUCACCUUGAAGGAUGUUAACGACGAAGUGCCCACCUUCAGCUCGCCAAAUGAGACAUCUAUUUUGGAAAACAUCGCACCCAAUACUGUAGUUAUGGUCGUCAAGGCCAUAGAUCGCGAUGAAGGCCGCAAUGGCUACAUCGAAUAUCUGCUCGAAGGCGGCGCUACUGGCACCCAUUCCGACUACGGCGACGAAGAUAGUCUUCCCUUCACGCUAGGCUCAGUGGAUGGCUUGCUCCGCGUCGCCAGCCGCUUGGAUCGUGAACUGCGUGCUAAUUACUUGCUAAAUAUUACCGCGCGUGAUCGCGGUGAGCCACCGCAAUCCACACAAACUCAAAUCACCGUACGCAUAUUGGACGAGAACGACAAUAGCCCCAUAUUCGACCCAAAACAGUACUCCGCCUCGGUGCCAGAAAAUGCCAGCAUUGGCGCAAUGGUACUACAAGUCGCUGCAACCGAUAUAGAUGAGGGCGCCAAUGGACGUGUACGCUUCUCGAUUGCCGCCGGCGAUGAUAAUCGCGACUUUAGCAUAAGCGAAGAUUUGGGCAUGGUGCGCGUGGCGAAGAAUUUGAAUUAUGAGCGCAAAUCGCGUUAUGUGCUGACAGUGCGCGCUGAAGAUUGUGCCGCUGAUGCAAAGGUCGCAGCAACACACCUGCAGGUGGGCAAAGUGGGCGCAGUGAGCGGCACGGCUGUUGCUGGUGGUGGCAGCGGUGGUGGCGGCAGUGCUGGCAUUAGUAUUGGUGGCGGCGGCGGUGGCGCAGGCGCAAAUGCGGGCGCUUCUAAACAUGCUGUGGAGCAGCGUGAGACGCGCUACGAUACCGCCGAACUGGCAAUCAUCAUCAUGGACAUCAAUGACAAUCCGCCAACAUUUCUGCACUCCCCCUAUCUAGCCUAUGUAAUGGAGAAUGUAAUACCGCCUAAUGGCGGCUAUGUGCUGACAGUGGAGGCCUACGAUGCUGAUACGCCGCCAUUUAACUCGCAAGUGCGCUACUUUCUGAAGGAAGGCGAUACAGAUCUAUUUCGCAUAAAUGCAUCGACAGGCGAAAUAUCGCUGCUGCGGGCGCUCGAUCGUGAGGCAAAGGCUGAAUACACGCUAACGCUGGUCGCCAUGGACACAGGUUCUCCACCGCUUACCGGCACCGGCAUCGUACGCGUCAUUGUGCAAGACAUGAACGAUCAUAGUCCAGAAUUCGCGCGUCCCUUCUAUCUGGCUAGCGUGCAGGAGAAUCUUUCCGCCGGCACCAAAGUACUGCAACCCGUCGCCACGGACAAGGACAGCGGCGCUAAUGCAAAGUUACGCUUCACGCUGCUUGGCGAGAAAAUCGACAAAUUCCAUAUCAACGCGGAGACGGGCGAAAUUACAACUGCUGCCGUGCUCGAUCGCGAGGAAUCCGCCAUCUACUAUCUGACGCUGAUGGCGCAAGACAGCUCGGCGACGGAGCCACGCGCUAGCGCAGUCAAUCUCACCAUCACCGUGCUCGAUGUCAACGACAAUACGCCCACCUUCAAUGCGGCCAGCUUCAAUGUCAAUGUGCCCGACGGCAUAAGCGCUAACGAAUUUGUAUUUGGCGCACGCGCAACGGAUCUGGAUGAUGGCGCAAAUGCGCUUAUCACUUACAAUAUCAGCGGCAAGGAUAUCGAUAAGUUCUCGAUUGACUCGCAGAGUGGUGUGAUCAAGGCUAAGACACCAUUGGGUGCGCGCGAGAAUACAAGUUUCGAUACAAUCUACAGCAUUGUAGUGUAUGCUAUAGAUCAGGGCACUGAACCGCGUUCCUCCAGCGCCGAUCUUACUGUACUGUUGCGGCCAACCGCGCUCUUUCCGAAUUUCGCUAACACGCCGAAUAGGCAAUUUAUGCUGUCGGAAGAUGUGCCCGAGGGCAAGGUUAUUACAACUAUCAUGGCAAGCUCACCGAAGAAAGGCGCUGCGGGCAAUAUCAAGUAUGCCAUUGCAGGUGGCAACAUCGGCAAUUCCGUACAUAUUGACGCCAGCACCGGAGUGGUGAAGGUUGCCAAAGAUGGGUUGGACUACGAAACGGCGCACACUUAUGAAGUGUGGAUCGAAGCAUCGGACUCUGAUCAGCCACACCUACGGAGCGUUGUGUUGCUCACCAUCAAUGUGACCGAUGCAAAUGACAAUGCGCCCGUCCUAGAUAAGUUGACUUACUACGCUGAAAUACUUGAAGAAGAGCCACCACCGCAAUUCAUUGUAAAAGUCCAUGGCACCGAUCGUGAUGCGGGCGAUAAUGGUGAAUUAUCCUAUCGGCUAGCUGACGACUUUGAGGGUACAUUCGAAAUUGAUUCCGACUCUGGUGAGAUAUACACCACAAUGCGUUUGGAUCGCGAGGAAAUUAGCGCGUACGAGCUGCUCGUCGAAGCAGUAGAUCAAGGCAUGCCACAAUUCACGGGCGCUGCGAGCGUACAAGUCAACUUGUUGGACAAAAACGACAAUCCACCGAAGUUUACGCGCCUCUUUUCUGUAAACGUUACAGAAAAUGCAAAUGUUGGCAGCUUUGUAAUACAAGUGACCUCCUCAGAUUUGGACAUUGGCGCAAAUGCAAAUGCCACCUACAGCUUUACUGAAAAUCCAGGCAAAAAGUUCAAAAUCGAUGCCAUAAGCGGUAAUGUCACAGUCGCUGGCUACCUCGAUCGCGAGCAACAAGACGAAUAUCUGCUGAAGAUUGUCGCAUCGGAUGGCGCGUGGCGCUCCGAGACGCCCAUCACCAUAACCGUGCAGGAUCAGAAUGAUAAUGCGCCCGAGUUUGAACAUAGCUACUACAGUUUCAACUUUCCCGAACUACAGCGUGCUGUCGCCUUUGUAGGGCAAGUUAUUGCCACCGAUCGUGACAAGCAAGGCCCCAAUUCGGUUAUUUCAUACUCGCUGCAGCAUCCCUCCGACUUGUUCACCAUCGAUCCGGCCACCGGUGAGAUCUUCAGCAAGCGCAAGAUGAAAUACAAGCAUUCGCAGCUGGAAUCCUCACCAGAAAAUAUGUAUUCGAUGAUCGUGCUGGCCACAGAUAAUGGCAAGCCGCCUUUAAACUCGGAAUGCUUGGUGAAUAUCAACAUCGUCGAUGCUAAUAAUAAUCCACCGAAAUUCGAAAAGGCUACCUACAUUGCGCCAGUGCCGGAGAAAGCUACGAGCGGACAGCGUGUACUCAAGGUGCAUGCUGUGGACGCGCUCGACUAUGGUGUAAAUGCGGAGAUCGACUAUACACUGCUGCAAGGCAAUGGCACCGCUUACUUCACCAUCAGCAAGCACGAUGGUUGGAUAGCGGUAUCAAAGCCACUUGGUGUGAAAGCGGAUACGGUAUUUUUAGUGACUGUACGCGCUACCGAUCGCGGCGUGCCACCACUUGCAGACGAAACACGUGCUACCAUCGUGGUGACGGGCGAAAAUAUGUACACACCUGAGUUUACAGCACUCAGUUAUCAAGUUAUAGUACCCGAGAAUGAACCAGUUGGCACAACUCUAAUUAGCGUUACCGCUUCGGACAAAGAUGGGGGUCCAAACGGCAUGCUGAGAUAUUACUUCUCCGGUGGCAAUGAGCGCAAAGAGUUUAUGGUGCAUAAAGAUACAGGCGCUGUCACUAUUCUGCAGCCCCUGGACUACGAUUUGAUACAAGUCUAUCACCUCAAUAUAACCGUUGAAGACUUAGCUUAUAAACCAAAAAAGGCUAUUUGUAUGUUGACCGUAAUAUUGACGGACAUCAAUGACAACCCACCGCUAUUCAAUCAAUCCGAAUACCAUGCUCUCAUACCAGAAAAUCGUCCGCCGAAUACGUUUGUCUUUAAAGCGCAUGCGACCGACAAAGACUCUCCGAAGAACGCCAUCAUACGCUAUUCCAUCACUAGCGGCACAGGCAAAAACCUCUUCAAGAUCAAUUCGAGCACUGGCGAGAUCAUAUCCAGCGUAACAUUCGAUUACGAAGAACGCCGUGAUUACAAUUUGCAAAUAAUGGCCGCCAAUCCAGAUUCGCAAAUGCAGAGCACCGCUAUGGUCAUCGUACACAUUACAGGCAUCAACGAAUACUAUCCACAGUUUGUGCAGCCCGUCUUCCACUUUGAUGUAUCCGAGUCGGCGGAGGUCGGCACUUCUGUGGGCUCUAUACAGGCCACCGAUAAGGAUGCAGGCGAAGAUGGCAAAGUCUACUACCUGCUGGUGGGCUCCAGCAAUGAUAGAGGUUUCUCCAUCAAUACCCUGACUGGCAUUAUGUAUGUGUCGCGGCAUCUCGACCGCGAAACCCAAAGUCGCGUUGUGCUCACCGUAAUGGCAAAGAAUUAUGGCGGUAUACGCGGUAAUGACACCGAUGAGGCACAGGUAAUCAUCUCCAUACAGGAUGGCAAUGAUCCGCCUGAGUUCCUUAAAACGCUAUACACGACACGCAUUUCGGAGGCAGCUCCAGUCGGCACGAAGGUUACCAGCGUCAAGGCAGUGGACAAAGAUGUGCGUCCGCAGAAUAAUCAGUUCAGCUACUCGAUUAUUAAUGGCAACUUAAACCAGACAUUUAAGGUUGAUCCGCAAAGUGGCGAUAUUGAGACGGCGCGCGCUUUGGACCGGGAAACGGUGCCGGUAUUCAGUUUGAUUUUGGGCGCGAUCGAUACAGGCGUGCCCCCACAAACUGGCACCACAACAGUUAAAAUUGAAUUGGAGGACGUGAACGAUAACGGUCCGACCUUUGCGCCAAACGGAUUGGUUGGUUACAUAUCGGAAAAUGAGCCGGCGGAUACCUCUAUAAUGACGCUGACUGCUACAGAUCCUGAUUUGCCACCAAAUGGUGGACCCUUCACGUACUACCUCGUGGGUGGUAAACACAAAUCCUAUCUUACUAUUGACAAGCACUCAGGUUUGGUGAAAUCUACAAAAACUUACGACCGCGAGGUGACACCCACCCUGGAAGCGGCCAUAGAGGUUGAGGACAACGGUGAACCGCGCCAGCGCGCACAGCAUGUACUCACCAUAAAGGUUCUCGAUCAAAACGAUAGUCCAUCUACGCCGCGCAUGGCGCACGUGCUACUCAAUACCUACAACGAUGAAAUACCAAUCGGCAAAAUAGCUGAUGUACAUCCAAAUGAUCCAGACAUCACUGGCGAUUAUAAAUGUAAAAUCACCACAAAUUCGCAGUCUAGUCCACCCGGAAUAUUGGUGAUACCAAGCGCAUGCGACUUGCACACCACCUAUCAGACGACCGUCAAUGGCUACUCGUACACCAUCUCGGGCAGUGACGGUAAACAUAGCAGUGUUGUGUCCACCGUAACGGUGAGCUUCCAAAGCUUCGAUGCCGAUGCAGUAGCGCAAUCCGUUGCGGUUCUGGUGCGCGAAAUGACAGCCGAGCACUUCUUAGCCAUGCACUACCGCAACUUUGUGGAACUUCUGAAGUCAGCUUUCGAACCCAGCGACGAACUCAAAUUGUACAGCAUACGCAACGCUGGCGAAAAACACACCAGUAACGUCGAACUCAUUUUGGCGGUACGUGCCGCAAAUCUCUCCUACCGCACGCCACGCUAUAUCGUCGAGCGUUUGAUAAAGAAGCGUGAGUCCAUCGAACGUUUGGUGCAAACAACCGGGAGCGUGUUAAUCGGCUAUAGCCCUUGCACCUCAGCAUCGACGGGUGCCUGCGAAAAUGGCGGUAUGUGCACUGCUGAAAUUCAUGUGCAUGAAGGCACACAUACGCUGAAUAUAAUCGACAGUCCAUCGUUGAUCUUCAGUGGGCCACGUGUUUCGCACGACUACAGCUGCAAAUGUCCAGAUGGCUUUACAGGAAUGCAAUGUGACAAACAACAGGAUCCGUGUGCGCCAAAUCCGUGCGAGGCGAAUGCACAGUGUCGCCGCGUUGGCUAUGACUUUCAGUGUAUAUGUCCACCGAACCGCGAGGGCAAGCAAUGCCAGCAGGAGCGUGGUGAUGUAUGCUCCAGCAAUCCUUGUCGCAAUGGUGGCUCUUGCAGGCACAGCCCCGACGGCGCUUCUUUCUUUUGCCUCUGCAGACCGGGCUAUCGUGGAAAUCAAUGCGAGCAUGUGUCCGAUUCGUGUCGUCCCAACCCAUGUUUGCAUGGUGGGCAGUGUGUCAGCUUGAAGCCGGGCUACAAGUGCAGUUGUGUGGAUGGACGCUAUGGACGGCAGUGCGAGCGUGCUACGUUUGGUUUUCAGGAGCUGUCCUACAUGGCUUUUCCAGCAUUGGAUGCUGCGACUAACGAUAUUUCCAUCAUCUUUGCCACCACUAAACCAGAUGGCUUGCUGCUCUACAACUAUGGCAUACAAACUGGUGGACGAUCUGACUUUGUAGCAAUUGAGGUGGUGAAAGGAAAGGCCUUCUUCUCGUUCGGUGGCGCGCGCACAGCCAUCACAACUGUGAUCGUGGGUGCCAGUAGUAAAGAUACUUUGGCUGAUGGACAGUGGCACAAGGUUACAGCCACGCGUAACGGACGCGUCAUGUCAUUGAGCGUCGCCAAGUGUUCGGAGAACGGUGAUGUUUGUGAGGAGUGCCGCCCCGGUGAUGUCAGCUGUUAUGCGCAGGAUGUAGGACCCAUAGGUACUUUGAAUUUCAACAAGCAGCCACUGCUUAUUGGUGGCCUGGCUUCCGCAGACCCAGUGUUGGAGCGUCCGGGUCAAAUACACACAGACGAUCUGGUUGGUUGCGUACACAGCGUGUCGGUCAAUGGACGUGCGUUGAAUAUGAGCAGUCCCUUGAAGCAGCGUGAUGUAUUACCGACUUGCAACCGCAAAAAUAAUGGUGGGCCAUGUCAGCAGAGUUUGCCCCACGAUCCGGCGCUGUCACUUUGCGGUGACUUUGGCACAUGCAUGGAUCGCUGGCAUACGGCUAUGUGCCAAUGUGGCGCCAGUCUACUGUCGCCAGAUUGCUACAGCUCCUUGGAGCCCAUUACUGUGAUGAACGGCGCUUUUGUGGAGUUUAAAAUAUCUGAAAAGCAUCGACGCAUGCAAUUACUGGACAGUUUGUACGCCGCCACCAAUUUAUGGUCGUAUGAUAUUGCGCGUCGCAGACGCUUUACCGUUAAUAGUGAUAACUUUACCGCGCUUGCGCAAAUUGUGGACCUACCGAAGAUCGUAAGUCUGCUUUUUCGAACCUACAAAGAAGAUGGCUUGCUGCUCUUUGCGGCCACGAACAAACAAUAUACCGCAAUAGAAUUGCAAAGCGGCAAGUUAGUGUACUACUCCAAACAAAACACUGCAGUGAAUAUGACAAUUCGGCAGCCGGAAAACUUGAAUGAUGGCAGAUGGCAUAACCUCACACUUUUAACAUCGAACCGUGUGCUACGCUUGUUGAUAGAUGGCAGCAAAGUAGGCGAGGAGCUUGAUUCGGCUGGUGUGCACGACUUCCUCGAUCCAUACUUAACCGUGCUCUCCAUAGCAGGUGUACGGCGCGAACAUUAUCCGCAGCAGGAAAAUAUGCCAAUUAGCUAUGAAGGCUGCAUUGCGAACUUCACUAUCAACAACGAAGUGCAACCCUUCAAUGGUUCGGGCAGCGUCUUCAACGAGGUGUUGACGCGCGGAAAAGUAUUACAUGGCUGCAUAGGUGACUUGGGUAUAGGCGCGGCACAAGCUUCCGACCCCGUUAGCAUAGGCAUCACGUUGGUGAUUGUCUUCUUCGUCAUACUGGUUGUGGCCAUUUCGGGUUCUUAUGUCAUUUAUCGGUUUCGUGGUAAGCAGGAAAAGAUCGGCAGUUUGAGUUGCGGCGUUCCUGGCUUCAAAUUAAAACACAGCGGAGGCGCAGCAGUUUCACAAAACCAGACAGAUCAUGUUUUGUCGCGUGGCAGGGGAGUACACGCCGGCGAUGGUGCAGUAAGCUAUCACGUUGACAGCGGAGAUUUAAUACGCGGUGUUGGCGGCCAUCAUAUGGUCGGUCCCGAAUUGAUUUCAAAAAAGUUUAAAGAGCGCGAAAUAAACUCCAACGACCAUCAGCAACAGCGACCACAACGGCCAGAUAUAAUCGAGCGUGAGGUGGUUAGCAAAAGUCCACCCCUCCGUGACGAACAUCAUCCACCUAUACCGCCACCCAGCCAGGCGCAUCAUCCACAUGACCACACAAACUCUGUUGACUUGGGUUCGGAAUAUCCAGAGCAUUACGAUCUGGAGAACGCCAGCUCAAUCGCUCCCUCGGACAUAGACAUCGUGUAUCACUACAAGGGUUACCGUGAGGCGGGUGGCGUACGCAAGUACAAAGCCACACCAGCGCCAGUCGCCUCCUACACGCACCACAAGCACCAAGCCACAGCUGCCCAGCAGCAGCAUAGGCAUUCACCACGUCACGGCGUCGGUGUUGGCGGACCAUUUGUGCCACGUGUGCCGCCUCAAGCUAGUCAACCACCGCCACCUUCGAGCACACCACGCCCACACCAAAGUACGCCAUUGGCGCGUCUUUCGCCCAGUUCUGAAUUGAGUUCACAGCAGCCACGCAUACUAACACUGCACGACAUUUCAGGCAAGCCACUGCAGAGCGCGUUGCUCGCCACCACCUCAAGUUCUGGGGGCGUCGGCAAGGAUGCCUUGCAUAGCAAUAGCGAGCGUAGCCUUAAUAGCCCAGUAAUGUCACAAUUAUCUGGACAAAGCUCGAGCGCGAGUCGACAGAAGCCCGGCGUAUCGGCGCAAUCGCCCGCGCAAGCGCCCAUCGGCCUAACCGCCGAAGAAAUUGAGCGUCUAAAUGUGCGACCGCGCACAUCCAGUCUAGUAUCAACGCUGGAUGCGGUGUCCUCCAGCAGCGAAGCGCCGCGCGUACCCGGUGGCGCACAUCAUCUCGCGCUCGGCGGUGGGCUGCACAAUGCUGAUGUGGAUGCGCACAGCUCCAGCUCAACCGAUGAAAGUGGCAAUGAUAGUUUCACUUGUUCGGAAAUCGAAUAUGAUAAUAACAGCUUAAAUGGUGAUGCAAAAUAUCCGUCAAGUAAGGCGGUGCCUGAUGAUCGACCAGAUCGUAGCGCUGUAGCGCGCGCCAUGAGCGGCGAUGGCGUGGGUCCGAGCAUGGGUAAGGUACCACCAAUGCCACCACACUCGUACGAUGGCUUCGAUUCGUCCUUUCGUGGCUCACUCAGCACUCUAGUCGCCAGCGAUGAUGAUCUAUCAACGCGUAUGGGCGGUAUUUAUAGGCAAAUAAAUGGUCCCGGUUCACCGUCGCAGCCAAGUUUGGGUUGGAAUUAUCUGCUUAACUGGGGACCGAACUUCGAGAGCCUCAUGGGUGUGAUUAAGGAUAUUACCGAACUGCCAGAUGCGGUCGGCGAACAACAACAGCUACAGUCAACGUUAUGUAUGCAGGGAAAUACGCAAAAGAACUCCGAGGAGUAUGUGUAGUUGCUCGAAGGUGCUGAUGUUGCGUAGCUGCUCGGUGGAGAAGAGAAAGAGAGUGAGAGAGAGUGUGUGUGUGUGUGAGAUGGAGAGCGUAAGUGAGUUGGAAGGAUAAGUAAAGGUCAGAGAGGAAAAAAGAGCUAAAUACGUGAUUUAGUAUAUUCAUGUAACUGUAGUUUUUCGUUUAGUUUAGGUUAGUUUAUUUAGCAGCAAACUAAUUGGCAUUAACAUUUCUGCUAUUUACUCGGACUUUCAAGAGCAAACUUAAGCAUUUUUGAUUGAAUCUGACUGAAUAACUUGACUGUGUCCUUGGGACUCAAAAUAUUAUUGAAACAAUGAUAAAAAUAUUAGCGUUUGAACACAGUCUUCCAAUACGCAAGCAGGAAUUGAAAAAAAAAUUCAAAAUAUAAAUUUUUUGUUUUCUUUUUCUAGCAUCAAACCAGGUCUUUAACAUUAAAACCUGUGUAAAUUGUUCACUCUGUACUCCUACUGCCAAAUAUUUGUGAAAAUUCUAUUGUAAACUUAAUAAUACAAUGCCUCAAUAUAUUUGUAAUUAGUUUAAGUAUUCCAUUCCGCAGAACUUUUAGUUUAGACUUAGCGUAGAUAGUCUAAGGAAUACAUAUAACAAAUUUUGUGCUAAGACCAAUUGUGUUGUAUCGCCUUGUAUCAAGGUCUGUGUCCUAACUCUGGUAGCAAUAACAGUUGUAUAAGAUUUGAAAAUAAUUAUAAACUUCACAUUUUAAAAUUAAAUAGUUAAAUAAUUAAUUAUGUUAGUAAUUAGUUUAAAAUUGUUAGUGUUUAGAAUUUGGGUUAAGCAUAAAUUUUGUGUGUGCUAUAUUAAAAAUAAUUUCAAAUAUCGUAAUGCAUUUAAAAAACGACUUCGUCUCCAAUGUAUUAAACUAAAACUUGUAUUAACUAGAAAUCUUGCCAUAAGAUUUGCGCAUAAUAAUUUAUAAAUCAAACUACUAUGAACCAACUACUUAAAAUAAUAUUAGAAGUUGAAAUGAACAAAGAGCGAAUUAGAAAUUAUUAUAAAUUAUAACAAAUGAUAACCUAACUAGUUCUAACAUGGUAAAAGCAAUCUUCCAAAAAGCUUUAAAUCAAAAAAUCUUUAUGUAUAAAAAUUUUACGAAUCUAUAUAUAAAAAAAAAAAACAUAACUUUAUAACUAUAUGAUAGCACAAAUUACGACUUUUCUACAAAGCUUUUUAGUACAUCUUAUUUGGUUUUUGUUAAAUAAUUUAGUCCGUUUGUUAACUGAAAAUGUAUGAUUAUAUUUGAAUCCAACCUAUCCUAUAUAUUUUCAAACAAAAGUUUAUUUUUCCGCUACUUGUAAGUAUUUAAGUAAAUUUUUACAAGCAAAUUUUAGUGAACAAAUAAAAGUUAAAUAUCCAAUUAAAAAUAAAACCAUUUUUUUUAUUUAUAUGAAAGCGACAUCGAUAUGCGCGCAGU